AUUUAAUAUAAAUAAUUUGAAUGGGUAACAGCGCAUCCUAAAAUAAUUUUAAUGCUUAACAUUACUAACAGAAUUCAGGUUUAUCAAUAAAAGAAGUAGAGGGAAUAAAAAAUGUUUUUGAUUCUUUGGAUCCAAAAGUAAAUAUAGAAAAAAUUCAAAAUGUUAGGAUGGUUUAAUACAGACAGGAACAUUGCGAAAGCUUUAUAGAGAUUCAUAUGAUGCUCCAUAGUUAAAUAAUAAGAUUGGAGAUAGAGAAACAUUAACUUUUGAUCAAUUUUUUGAUUUGAUGAAAACAGAUAUGCUUGAGAAAAAACGACAAUUUCCUGGAGUAGAUUUUGAUGAUGGUAUAAAUGAAAAUGUUUAAUGCUUCUUUUGCCAUCCUUAAAGACAACAUAGUUGAAUUUAUAUAUAUACAUAAAAUUGAAUUCUUUGUUAGAG